AUGGUUCUUGAAAUAGAGCCAGCAGAGAUCACAAAACACAAAGCAGAAAACGCAGACAUCAUCGACGAAGACGAAGAGUCCCCAGUCGAAGAGGUCCGACUGACGGUGUCGAACCACGACGACCCGACCCUCCCGGUAUGGACCUUCCGCAUGUGGUUUCUGGGUCUGGUCUCGUGCGUCCUUCUAUCGUUUCUCAACACAUUCUUCUCGUACCGGACCGAACCGCUCGUGAUCACGAUGAUAUCGGUUCAGGUGGCCACGCUUCCGAUAGGCCGGCUCAUGGCGAAGGUUCUCCCGACGACGACGUUUCGGCUGCCGGGUAUGGGGGAGAGGGAGUUCUCGUUGAAUCCGGGCCCGUUUAACAUGAAGGAGCACGUGUUGAUUUCGAUAUUCGCCAAUGCCGGUGCCGGGUUCGGUAGCGGAGCGGCUUAUGCGGUCGGUAUUGUGAAUAUCAUCAAAGCUUUCUACCAUAGGAAAAUCUCUUUCUUGGCUAGUUGGAUUCUUGUAAUCACCACUCAGGUGUUGGGAUAUGGUUGGGCUGGAAUUCUGAGGAAGUAUGUGGUGGAUCCGGCCCACAUGUGGUGGCCCAGCAGUCUCGUUCAAGUGUCUCUCUUCAGGGCUCUUCAUGAGAAGGACCAUAGGCGAAUGACACGUGGGAAGUUCUUCUCAAUUGCACUAAUCUGCAGCUUCUCCUGGUACCUCUUCCCUGGCUACCUCAUCCCCAUCUUGUCAAACAUUUCUUGGGUCUGCUGGGCAUUUCCAAAGUCGGUAACAGCUCACCAGAUUGGAUCAGGCAUGCGUGGACUUGGUCUCGGGUCCCUGACCCUUGAUUGGUCAGUCGUCGCCUCAUUCCUUGGCAGUCCUCUUGUCACCCCAUUCUUUGCCAUUGCCAAUGUCUGUGUAGGGUAUGUUGCAAUAAUGUACGUGUUACUUCCUGUAGCCUACUGGGGAUUGAACCUAUACACGGCCCAAAAUUUCCCCAUCUUCUCUUCACAUCUAUUCAGUGCCCAGGGGCAGAUAUAUAAUGUAUCAGCCAUUGUCAAUGACAAGUUCCAGAUAGAUUAUCCAGCAUAUGAGCAGCAGGGACGUCUCUACCUCAGCACGUUCUUCGCUCUGACUUAUGGCAUUGGUUUUGCUGCUGUUGUAGCGACACUCAGCCACGUGGCCUUGUUCAAUGGAAAGGAGAUCUAUAACCAGUUCCGAGCUUCAUACGGUAGGAAGAGUGACAUUCAUACAAAACUGAUGAGGAAGUACAAGGACAUACCUAACUGGUGGUUCCACCUGAUGCUUGGAGUGUCAUUGGUUCUCUCUCUCGCUCUUUGCAUCUUCAUGAAUGAUCAGGUUCAAAUGCCAUGGUGGGGACUCGUUUUUGCGUCAGGCCUUGCAUUGAUUUUUACCCUCCCUAUCAGCAUCAUAACUGCAACAACUAAUCAGACACCAGGAUUAAAUGUCAUCACAGAGUACAUCAUGGGUGUCAUUUUACCAGGAAGACCGAUAGCCAAUGUUUGCUUCAAAACCUAUGGCUAUAUAAGCAUGAGUCAGGCGGUCUCAUUUCUCAACGAUUUCAAGCUGGGGCAUUACAUGAAGAUUCCACCAAGGUCAAUGUUCAUAGUUCAGUGUGUGGGAACUAUAUUAGCUGGAACAAUUAAUAUUGCAACGGCGUGGUGGCUGCUGACAAGUGUCAAUAACAUAUGCCAAGAUCAGCUUCUCCCUCCCAACAGUCCGUGGACAUGCCCUGGUGAUCGUGUCUUCUUUGAUGCGUCGGUCAUCUGGGGUUUAGUGGGACCAAAAAGGAUCUUUGGGAGUCUAGGAAACUAUGGUGCUCUCAACUGGUUCUUCCUUGGAGGUGCCUUGGGACCUCUUUUGGUAUGGCUGCUACAUAAAGCAUUCCCGAGUCAGCAAUGGAUCAAACUGAUAAACCUUCCAGUACUUCUCGGAGCAACAGCUGCAAUGCCACCGGCUACAACUUUGAACUUCAAUAGCUGGAUCUUCUUUGGGACGAUCUUCAAUUUAUUCGUUUUUAAGUACCGAAAGGGUUGGUGGCAGAGGUACAAUUAUGUUCUUUCAGCUGCCAUGGAUGCUGGACUAGCUUUCAUGGGGGUGCUUCUGUACUUCUCACUGAGCAUGGAGGACAUAAGCAUAUCGUGGUGGGGCGCUGAUGGUGAGCACUGUAAACUCGCUGCAUGUCCAACUGCCAAAGGUAUUGCUGUUGACGGGUGCCCAAUAUAUUGA